AUGUUUAAUGCGGAAUAUGAUGAAGGAGAAAGCACAUAUUUUGAUAAUCUUAAAGGAGAAAUGCAGAAAGAAGCACAGCUGAAUCAUGUAGAAUUUGAAGAUCAAGAUGAUGAAGCCAGAGUUCAGUAUGAUGGUUUUCGACCUGGGAUGUACGUCCGCGUUGAGAUUGAAAAUGUUCCCUGUGAAUUUGUGCAGAACUUUGACCCCCAUUACCCCAUUAUCCUGGGUGGCUUGGGCAACAGCGAGGGAAAUGUUGGACACGUGCAGAUGCGUCUGAAGAAACAUCGCUGGUAUAAGAAAAUCCUCAAGUCCCAAGAUCCAAUCAUAUUUUCUGUAGGGUGGAGGAGGUUUCAGACCAUCCUGCUCUAUUAUAUUGAAGACCACAAUGGAAGACAAAGGCUUCUAAAGUAUACCCCACAGCACAUGCAUUGUGGAGCAGCCUUUGGGGUAAAAUAUGAUUACAAUAACUUGCCUAUUGGCGAGAUUAAACUUUACAAGCUGCGUUAUUUUAGCUUUGUGCUUUUCCUUUCAUAA